AUGCUGCCGCCUCGGCAGACGGCGCAGCGGUCACGGGAACCCGCCGAUGAAGUGCGUGCCUGUGCCAGCGGUGUGGAACCACGGGAAUCCGCCGAUGACGAGCGUGCCUGGAACCGCCGGAGUCUGCCGACGAGUGCUGUGCCUGUGAUGGAGCCCUGUGCCGGCGGCGUGGAACCGCUGAAGUCUGCUGAGGAGCCCUACGCCGGCGGUGUGAAGCCGCCGGAGUCUGCCGAGAAGUGCUGUGCCUGUGGCAGCGAGGUGGAAUCCUCGGAGGCUGUGACUGGUGGCAGGACUCCGGAAAAGGCGGCGCGGCGGUGGCGUGUGGCAAUGCAGAGAGGCGCCGAGACAGCGGCGGAGCGGGCCAUGUUUACUGUCCCCGUGGUGGGAGGUGGUCCCACGUUGCCUUGCCCUCCCUCGCCCCCAAGCAGCGUGGUAGGAGAUGCCGGGAGCCGUGAGCUGCCGCCUUCGUCCCCAAGGAUCGGCCGCAGUGUUCCACAGGGCCAGGCAGCGAAGGGCCUAGGCCGCCUGACCUCUGCUGUGGGGACGGCAGGCAACGGUGAGGCUGCCUGGGAAGUAACGCUGGCGCAGCUGCGGAUGUCGGCGGAAGAUGAGCAGAGAACGGCUGGCAGAGGCGUGGAGCAGGCGCGGACCCGAGGGAGGGAGGCUGCCAGGUGGAGCCACGAGGAGCCUGGAGGAGCCUGCCGGGAAUGUGGCCAGCUGCGUCGGCCAUGCGUGGCGGUCGAUGACGAGCUGGGUCUGCGGAGGCGGCGAUGUGGCUAG